AUCCACGCCUCACCGCCGUAUAAAUAUAACCCUCCCUCCCCCUAACCCAUCUGCCUCCACGACUCCAUCCGUUUUCCAUUUCCACUCCUCCCCCCACCCAACUCACCAUCGCCAUUCCUUCCCUCCUUCCACCGCUCCCUCUCUCUUCCAUGGCCGUGCAGGCGCAGUACCUCUCCCACGCCUCCUUCCCCCACGACCUCUAUGGCCUCAGGGCUCUGGAGGGUGCGACGGCGGCGGGUUCUUUGUUCUUGGACGACCACGGCGGGUGCGCGCCGGCGACUCCGGCGGCGGCCGCGGCUGGGAUAGGGCACACGGUGCUGAGCGACCUUCCCCGGAGCGAGCUUACCUGCAACGACAAUAACGGCGCGGGAUACGGAUUCGUGCCGAGGAAGAGGGCGCGCCUGGAUGCGGAUGAGUCGGCCGGGGCGUUGAUGGCGGCGGCGGCGGCGCAGCAGCAGCGCAUGGUUCUUCCGCCCCAUGGCCUUGUCUUUCCCGGGGAUGUGCAGAGCAGGGCGGUGGGUUGCGGCGCCGCGUCCACCAGCGGGAGGGCUGGCAAUGCCGCCGGCCUCUCGCAGGGGCUCCUGUCUCAGCUCUAUCAUCAGGGUGUCGAGAUCGACGCGCUCGUGCGACUCGAGAGCGAGCGGAUGCGUGCGGGGCUCGAGGAGGCUCGCCGGCGUCACGUACGGGCGGUGGUGUCCACCGUCGAGCGCGCCGCGGCCGGGCGUCUCCGUGCCGCGGAGGCCGAGCUCGAGCGCGCGCGGUGCCGCAACAUGGAGCUCGAGGAGAGGCUGCGCCAGAUGACCGCCGAGGGGCAGGCGUGGCUCAGCGUCGCCAAGAGCCACGAGGCCGUCGCCGCGGGGCUCCGCGCCACCCUGGAUCAGCUCCUCCAGUCACCCUGCGCCGCCCUUGCCGUUGCCGGCGCGGCCGGCGCCGGUGGCGCCGAGGGCGACGCCGAGGACGCGCAGUCCUGCUGCUACGAGACCCCGUGCGGUGGCGACAACGCCGGCGCGGAUGACGCGGCGUCCAAGACCCCCGCCGCCGCGCUCUGCAAGGCGUGCGGCGCCGGCGAGGCGUCCAUGCUGCUGCUCCCGUGCCGGCACCUCUGCCUGUGCCGCGGCUGCGAGGCCGCCGUCGACGCCUGCCCGGUGUGCGCGGCCACCAAGAACGCCUCGCUCCAUGUCCUGCUGUCCUGAGAGCCAGCCUGGCCCGCGUCGCGCGUGGCCAAGCUCCUCGUCGUCGUCGUCGUCUUCCCCCAACCUCUCGGCCGCUCUGGCGCGCCACGGCGGCACGGCACGUGCGUCACCCCACCCAUGUGAUCUUGGCGGACACUGAGCUUUUGUUGCACGCCAGUAGAAGUCACCCACAAAGUUGCAUCUAGUUUAGGUUAAAUCCUCUUUUGUUAUUACCUGUAGGUUUACCUGUCAAUGUAAUCAGCUAACCCUACUUUGCUGUCCAUAACCCUUCACCCCCUUCUACAUGAUUAGCCCCAACUUUUUUGUGGUAAAGAAAACCCCCGAUUGUAUUCUCGAUGAAAUACAUGCAUGCACCAGGUCUAGCCUUAAAAGAAAAGCAGUGUCGACACUGUACUGUAGCACUCCAAUCUUGUGUGUACCUUUUUGGCUGGUUUGCACUAUUCCUUUUCCAUGUGAAAAGAUGCUGCAAGCCGAGAAUAUUACUGUCGCACAAAAAUCUA